AUGUAUCUAAUUCUGUUCAUAUCUAUCUAUCUAUCUAUCUAUCUAUCUAUCUAUCUAUCUAUCUAUCUAUCUAUCUAUCUAUCUAUCUAUCAACAAUUUACCUUCAUCUAUCUAUCUCUAGCUAUCUAUCUAGCUAGCUAUCUAUCACAAUCUGUUCAUCUAUCUAUCUAUCUAUCUAUCUAUCUAUCUAUCUAUCUAUGUCAUAGGCAUAUUAAGAAUCAUAAAAUUUCGCCAUGCACAAACGCACGCAUAUUGAAUGAAUAUAUAUAUAUCAUUUGUUAUGUCUAUCUAUCUAUCUAUCUAUCUAUCUAUCUAUCUAUCUAUCUAUCUAUGUUCGUAUCUAUGUUCGUACCUAUCUAUCUAUCUAUCUAUCUAUCUAUCUGUCUAAAAUAUGUUCAUAUCUCUCUAUAUCUCUAUCUAAAAUCUAUUCAUAUCAUCCUGUUUAUCUAUAUGUCUAUCUAUGUAAAAUCUGUUUAUCUCUAUGUAUAUCUCUGUCAAUCUAACUUCUGUUCAUAUCUAUCUAUCUAUCUAUCUAUCUAUCUAUCUAUCUAUCAUGAAAUAACAAUAUCUAUUCAUAUCUAUCUAUCUAUCUAUCUAUCUAUCUAUCUAUCUAUCUAUCUAUCUAUCUAUCUAAGUCUAUACAUUAUCUAUCUAUCUAUCUAUCUAUCUAUCUAUCUAUCUAUCUAUCUAUCUCAGUCUAUACAUUAUCUAUCUAUCUAUCUAUCUAUCUAUCUAUCUAUCUAUCUAUCUAUCUAUCUCAGUCUAUACAUUAUCUAUCUAUCUAUCUAUCUAUCUAUCUAUUUCAGUCUAUACAUUAUCUAUCUAUCUAUCUAUCUAUCUAUCUAUCUAUCUAUCUAUCUAUCUAUCUAUUUCAUUGCAUAUUGUUGUUUUUCUGCGCUUCCUAAUUUCCUUAUACUUUUUUCUUUCUUUCUUUCUUUCUUUCUUUCUUUCUUUCUUUCUUUCUUUCUUUCUUUCUUUCUUCUCCACCUCCUUCUUGGCCUACAUUUUUCAUUUUCUUUAUUUCUUUUUCCUCUGCUUUUUCACUUAUCCCACUUCUUCUUAUCUAUUUUUCUUUUUCUUCUUUUUCUUUUUCUCUUUUCGACCAGCCACUUUUUUCUUGCAUUUGUUGUUUUACCUUCUUCUUCUUCUUCUUCUUCUUCUUCUUCUUCUUCUUCUUCUUCUUCUUCCACAUUUUCAUAUUCUUUCUUUAUUUCCUUUUUUUCUAUUUUUCUUUUUCUUAAUGUCUUUCUACUGUUUUGUUUUUGCCUAUUGCUCUUUUACUUCUUUAUUUUCAUUUUUCUUCUUCUUCUUCUUCUUCUUCUUAUUGUUAUUAAUCUUUAUUAUUAUUUGAUUCUUUUUCUUGUCAUUCGUUUAAUUAUUCUAUUUUCUCAUUUUUCUUCUUCUUUUUCUCCUUCUUUUCUUUCUUCUUUUACCUCUUCCUUUUCUUCAUCUUUUCUCAUUCUUCUCGCUAACAAUUUACCGAAUUUACUGGCCAUUUUUAAUGGUGAUGUUGACUUGUGUCGACAGCGUGCGACUGACAGCGCCACCUGCCGGCACUGA